AGCCGCCUCACAUUCUUUUUUCCUAAUUGGAAAAAAUUAUUCACGCUGCUCUUCCAGGGCAUUUCAACCUUCUAGAAAGAUCUGACAAGAUUCCAAACUGUUCUUAUAAAGAGAAGCUGCUCGUGCCUGAACGCUGAGUGUGAGCGCGCAGUGAUGCCCGAGAGUGCAGGCACCCCGGGCUAGGCGCCUAGCCGGGUGGAAACACGGCCGCAGGAUGGAAAUGCGGCGGCGGGGCUGCCCAGGCUCCUGUGGGACCCGCGCGGCGCGGGCACGCGCAUGCUCUCACGGGCACGCACAUCCUCCGGGACGCGCCUCUUCAAGACACGCGAACGCCUGAAGGCCCUGGCCGGCGUCCUCCCGUGAAGACCUGGACCGGCAUCGUCCUCCGCCGCGCAGGCCUAAAUCUCAGGUCUUCACCGUCAUCUCCGGGCGAUCGCAGGGAUCGCGGGCACCGACCCCGCCCGUCCCUGCCCACCCGAGCCCCACCCUGCGCCUCCGCGCCUCCGCGCCUCCACGCCCUGCUCUCUAGACGCGCGGACAGAGGGGCGGUGCCUACUACGCAGGCUCACGCUGCUGGCGUCAGGACCCGGCAGCAACACUGCCACGCGCAUCCGCGCUGGCCAAUCAGCGCGGCCAGGGGCGGGGCUUCCCUGCGGCGCGCCGGGAGUCAGCGGCCCACUUCCGGCAAUAAUCGCCGCGACGCCGUCAGGUGCGGGCCCAGGUCGCUGGCGCGCCAGGUGGGCACUGGGGGCCGCGGGCGCGUCAGGUGAAGACUGGGGGCCGCAGGCGUGCUAGGAGAACUAUGCCAUUUUUGGGUCAGGACUGGAGAUCUCCUGGAUGGAGUUGGAUUAAGACAGAAGAUGGCUGGAAGAGAUGUGAAUCCUGUAGUCAGAAACUUGAAAGAGAGAAUAACCAUUGUAACAUCAGUCACAGCAUUAUCUUAAAUAGUGAAGAUGGAGAAAUAUUCAAUAAUGAAGAGCAUGAAUAUGCAUCCAAAAAAAGGAAAAAGGACCAUUUUAGAAAUGACACAAAUACUCAAAGUUUUUAUCGUGAAAAAUGGAUCUAUGUCCAUAAAGAAAGCACAAAAGAAAGGCAUGGCUAUUGCACCUUGGGAGAGGCCUUUAAUCGGUUAGACUUCUCAAGUGCAAUUCAAGAUAUCCGAAGAUUUAAUUAUGUGGUCAAACUAUUGCAGCUAAUUGCAAAAUCCCAGUUAACUUCAUUGAGUGGUGUGGCACAAAAGAAUUACUUCAACAUUUUGGAUAAAAUCGUUCAAAAGGUUCUUGAUGACCACCACAAUCCUCGCUUAAUCAAAGAUCUUCUGCAAGACCUAAGCUCUACCCUCUGCAUUCUUAUUAGAGGAGUAGGGAAGUCUGUAUUAGUGGGAAACAUCAAUAUUUGGAUUUGCCGAUUAGAAACUAUUCUCGCCUGGCAACAACAGCUACAGGAUCUUCAGAUGACUAAGCAAGUGAACAAUGGCCUCACCCUCAGUGACCUUCCUCUGCACAUGCUGAACAACAUCCUGUACCGGUUCUCAGACGGAUGGGACAUCAUCACCUUAGGCCAGGUGACCCCCACGCUGUAUAUGCUCAGUGAAGACAGACAACUGUGGAAGAAGCUGUGUCAGUACCAUUUUGCUGAAAAGCAGUUUUGUAGACAUUUGAUCCUUUCAGAAAAAGGUCAUAUUGAAUGGAAGUUGAUGUACUUUGCACUUCAGAAACAUUACCCAGCGAAGGAGCAGUACGGAGACACGCUGCAUUUCUGUCGGCACUGCAGCAUUCUCUUUUGGAAGGACUACCACCUUGCUUUACUAUUCAAGGACUCAGGACACCCCUGCACGGCGGCCGACCCCGACAGCUGCUUCACGCCUGUGUCUCCGCAGCACUUCAUCGACCUCUUCAAGUUUUAAGAGUUGCCCCUGCCAUCCCUGUUGGAGAUUGUGCAUCAUGCUGUCUGUGCAGGGCUCAUAGUGAGUGUUCUAUGAGGUGGGUGGAGGCUCCUGGGAGGCCCCGCUUCCAGAAAGCCUGGGAAGAACUGCCCUUCUGCACAGGGGGAGUGCAUGGUUGCAUUUUCAUCAUUGAAGGUCAGAGGCCAAGGAAAUCAUUUCUACUUUAAACUCUUCUUCUAAGCAUAUUAAAAUGUGAAAUUUUGCAUAUUAUAUAUAUAUAGUUCAAAAAUGUUUCAGGUGGUCAGCUCCACAUUCUUUGUUAACCUGACACUAACAGCCAAUAAUAUGCUUCUUAACUGUCAAAUUACAGUUUCCCAAUUUUAUACUAAUUGGGGGUGGGUGACAAAACAGUUGAUCCUUGUAAAUACAUUGUACAGAAUAUUUAUUUUUUCUCAAAAUGCAUUUUAACUACUACAUUGGCUGUGCCCAGAUGAGUCCUCUUUGAAUAGAAAGUGAACCCAGGGCAAUGAUAGCCAUUCUUGUCUUAGGGCUUAUGGGUCGGGGUAUGAAUUGUGCACACACAGCCCAACAACGGGCAGUGGUCUCUGUGGUCCUAAGGCAUCCAGCACAGGUUCUGGCAAGGGUACCCCUGCUCGGGGUGUGGGCUGGUCUGUGCAUAAUCCCGGACUGUGAUGGCAACAGCCCAGUGCAGUCUGAAUUUCAGUUGUGUUGAAACUACUUUAAUAGACAAAGUAAUAAAUGAUGUUUAUCUAUUGAUACAAACCAUCAGUUUUGCAUCCUACUGAGAAAUGUUGUUAGUGAUUUUGAUAUUUAAAUCCUUAAAAGAUUGCUUUCUUUUUAAAAUAACGCAUGUCCAUUUUAGAAAAUUAGAAAAUCAGUCCCACCACCCAAAGAUUAUUGUGCAUGCUGAAAAGAAUAUGAAAAAUCCCCUCAGCAGGCAUAGGAUAGAAAUGCAUUGUUGUAUAUUUCCAUUUUCGAAUAGGGUCAAGGAACCCAAGAAAAUCAUUUCUACUUUUUUUUUCCUCUAAGCAUAAUAAAAUUAUACUUUUAUAGCUUUUAUAAAUAGGACUAAAAAGAGAUUCUGGAUUUUUCAGCCCCACUUCUGUGAACUGACACAAAUGGCCAAGAAUGCAUUUAUUUGUCAAAUUAUAGUUUCUCCUGAGGUGAUGCAAAUACCUGGGGCCUCCAUGAAUAUAUGUUAGUUUUUCAUAAAACCAUAAAUGUCCUGUAUCCCACUGUUAUUUCACAACCCCUCCACCCCACCUUUUUUAGAAACAGAACCAUAUCCUAAAUGUUAUUUGGAAACUUGGUUUUUAUUAGCUCCGUAGAAUCACCCAGAUGGAACAGGCUUUAUCAUCACAGCAUCCUGGGGUUCCCGAGUGUCUCGCUGUUAGCAUCAAUAACUGUGAUUAGCAUCAUCACACAUAACAAUGUGGCCGUCUCCUUACAAUAAACCAGUAGUCAACAUCAUGAGUCAAACAUCAUGAGUCAAACAUAUUUUAAGGCUUUUAAAUAUAUUUCUAGAUUGUUUAUGAAAAAAAUUUUUUUGGAGUUUUUGAGACAGGGUCUUGCUCUGUCAUCCAGGCUGGAGUGCAGUGGUAUGAUCUCGGCUCACUGCAACCUCUGUCCCCCAGGCUCAAGUGAUCCUCCCACCUCAGCCUCCCAAGUAGUCAGGACCACAGACAUGUACCACCAUGCUCAGCUGUUUUUUUGUAUUUUUAGUAGAGAUGGGGUUUCACCAUGUUGCCCAGGCUGGUAUCAAACUCCUGAGCUCAAGCAAUCCACCUGCCUCAGCUUCCCAAAGUACUGGGAUUACAGGCAUGAGCCACCGCGUCCAGCUGAAAAAAGAAAUUGUUUUAAUCUAGGAAAGGGAGUAAGUACGUGGAGUUUCCAUUAUCCCUGAAGCACAGGUAUUUCUUUUUCUGUUGGUGCUGUUUUAAUAAGUGAAGAAUUUGAUGUAUGAUAAAUUGUGAGCUUGAAUAUUUCCAUAUAUUUAUUGUCCAUUUGCUUUUCUUGUUUUUGGUAAAUUACUUACCAAAAAGUAAUGUGUUACUUAAUGUGUUAUUUGCCUGUUUUUUGUCGGGGGGGGAUGUUAGUCUUUUUUCAUAUUAGUUUCUUCUUAGAAGGAAACUAUCCUUUUGAAGUUGUGGUUCUUUCCCCUAAUUUGUCAUAUACUAUUACUGUCAUUUAAUUGUUAGACAUUAUAACAGUUCUCAGCUGUGCUAUCGAAUCA